AUUUUCUGAACGAUCUCUAAAGUGACUUACCGUAGAACUCACGCAACGCAAUUUGCGAAUUUUUUGUUAUAUUUUCAUUGUAUUACAUCCAGUUUCUCUCAAAACUCGUAAAACAGUGUUUACAUUGGAUAUCCGUAAACUUUAUACUAUACGACAUUACUGUCUCUCGGUUUAAAUUUCUGGUUAAAAAUGUCUUCACCGACUGAAGAAAGCGUUAGACGUAACAGUGAGAGCGAGGGAGGCGAAGUGGAAACCCCAGAACACGACCCCCAUUACGACCCCAUAGUUUCUCUGCCGCUGGUGGACGUGCAGACGAACGAGGAGGAGGAGGAGGAGCUGGUCAAGAUCCGCGCGCGGCUCUACAGAUAUGACACGGCUGAUCAUGAGUGGAAGGAGCGUGGCACAGGUGACAUCAAGCUUCUUCGGCAUAAGGCCAACAACACGGUGCGUGUGGUGAUGCGUCGCGACAAGACGCACAAAGUGUGCGCUAACCACUUCAUCACUCCCGACAUCCGUAUGAAUGUGCACUGUGGCUCUGAUAAGGCCUUCAACUGGUCCGUGUUUGCUGACUUUGCCGAUGAGACCAUGAAACAGGAGCUGCUGGCUAUCAAGUUUGGAAAUCCUCAAAAUGCUGAACUGUGGAAGGCGAAAUUUGCCGAAGCGCAAGAAAUAGUCCGGACCAAAUGCAGCCUUUACACCCAGGAUCCAUCGUCUGAUGAUGAAAGCAGUAUCACUCGGAGUGAGGAUACUGACACUCCAGAGCCAAAAAGUUCCGACAAGGCAGAUGAGAAAACCACGGACAAAUUUGAUAAGGAUUCAGAGGGUGUUGUACUUAAGCUCAAAGAGCUUACAGUGGAAAGUGAAAAAUCUGAAUAACUUAGUUUAGUUUUUAAUUUGUUAGUGUACUGUAACAUGUAAUGGUUUUAUAAUUAAUAACGUCAAAACUGCCCCAGUUUGUAAAAUAUCGAAUGAUAAGUUUCUUCCUCUUUUAUUGAUGGGUCAGAAGAAAGACAAUUUUUGUCUUGCUCUUUAUUUUUUAUUUUUUUUUGUAUGGCCUUCGUUCUAUUUAGAGCUAGGUCAAGAUGAGAUGCAAGAUUAUGAAACAAAUCAAUUGAUAUAUGAGUUAAUGUGUGAUUUCGGGAUAACAUGUGAAACCGAAGAAAGCCGUUAGUCUUAUUUCAUUUCAACUAAAAAAAAUACAAUUAAUUAUAGGUCCAAGAAUUACAAGACUCAAUAAAGUGUUCCUAUGGUCAUGCCUCGAAAUCACACAAAUAACUGAUAAAUAAUAUGAAAUUGGUUAAUGUGCAGAAAACCCUUUGGGCGCCACAAUUGUAUAAAAUAGCGAAUUUAAACUUGUCAAUGCAUUUAGGUGUAUUUUAUACUGUGAUGUCACUUGUUUAAGACAGUGGCGGUCAAAAGGUAUCCAGUAGGGCUAAGAUAGUCGGCUGUUUAUCAUUCAUUUGUAUGCCUGUCACAGUCUAACAAGUAUGUAAGCGCGACAGUGACAGGUGAUAAAAAAGGAACCCUGCUGCCACCGCUGAUGUAGUUUGUGCUUGCUAGUAUGCGUUCAUUAAUCUAAGUUAUUAGUUCUAUUUUAAUCCAAAUGGAAUCUAUACCAGCCAAAUACUGUUUAGUUAGGUACACAUUUCUCGGUGGCUUCAAUGUCAUGCUCUAAGUAAUGGAGGUGUAGAAAUUUAGAUUUGGCUCCAAAGCUAUUCUUGUUUGGUGGGUUAGACACCAAGCAAAUUUGUGCCAUUACUUUAUCGAAAUAUUAAAAGGCAACACCACACAAGGUGCACUGAAGGUAUUAAAUAUCGACUCGAACAAAGUGCCAAAAAUAUGUACACACUACUUUAAUGUAUGGGCAAUAAGGCCGUGUAUACAUAUGUCCGUGUCGAUAUAUAAUACCUUGACUGUACAUGGCAGCUCCAAAUGCAAAGUGCAACCCUUUUCAAGCGUCCACAACCGAAACAUAACAGAACUAAUAAUAACUGUUUGGAAUUGGUUUCUAGGGCAACAUUGAUAUGAAUUAUAAUUGCCCUAUGUCAUUAGGCGUCAUCUCCUGUAAUAGAAUUCACAACUGAUAAUUUAGUUGAAUUAUUCUCCUUAAUGCUUAGCUUAUUAUCAUAGUUUAUUGCAUGUUACAGUAUCUAAUCAUUGUUUUAAGUUGUUAAAAUAAAACUUUUACUUGUAGGCAUGAAUGUCGUGAUAUUUGGAUUUGAAUUUCAGAUUGAAUUCGAGAUAGAAUAAGCAAUGUGUAGGCCCCGUUACCAUGGAGAAUAAAUCAAAAACUUCUGAGUUAGGAAAGAUUUUUUUUCUUAUUAGAUUGCUUAUGUUAAGUCUAUGGAUGAAUGAGGUCCAAAAUAAAUUGAUUAUUAUAAUAUUAUUCAACCACGGUAAUGGGGUCUAUUAAUAUACGUUUAGUGUUAACCAUGCAUUUCCAGUUUUUUUUAAACCGAAAUUUUAGUUAGUAUCCUCGCUAAAUGAAUUUUGUAGUUUCAUACGAUUUGGAAUACAAAUUUAAAAUUAUGAAGUACGUGAAUUGUAUCGUAUUUUACCGUACACGGUAUAUUCAAGUUGUUGUAAUGAAUUGCAUUUUUAACCUAACCUAACAUAGAUGGAUAUGUUGACGUGAUAUAUUGCAACAGAUUCAUUUAUGCAUAAUUGGAUUUGAAUGUUUGAACUCUUUUAAUGUCUCGUGCCGAAGCUAACUCGAAUAAUUUAAAAUUAUUUUAAUUGCUGUUGGAGUUUGUACAGUAGUCGGCAUCAGAUAUAUUGGGGCGUCCAAGGUGCUUAAGGUGGUCAAGGAGGUAAAGUGCGUGUUCAGAUAUUUUUAGCACUUCGGCCGCUCCGAUAUAUCUGAUGGCGACCGUGCCUCGUACGAUCCAUCACAUGUGGCAGUGACAAUCAAAGGGUUAAAACAUAGGAGUUAUAGUAAUCCAAAAUGUUUGCUUUUACAUUCCGUUGGUUUCUUUUUCUCGUGGUCGAUUUAAUUUUGUGACGGAAUUUCUAAAGCUGUUUUUACGUCUUAUUCAAUAUCGUAAAAAUAAAUGUAAUUCGUGAAAAA